AUGCUCGGGACUGAUCAAAACACUGGCCAUGGUGCAUUUGCAGAGAGAAUGAGAAACUUUAUCGCACCGAAUCCUUCGACUCGAAAUCCACGCAUCAGUAAAGAUUCUAGCCAUGCGGAUCUUAUCGAGGCUGGUUACCAAGCCGAUGGACACAAGACCUGGGGCUAUGUGAUCUACCGCACAACGUACGAAAGCGACGCAGACUGGAUCGAGUUCAUGCAUCGUCUACGCUGGUGGACGACCGACAGUAUGGAAUUCUACAAUGGUCAGGAUGUGUUAGAUCGUAUGGCAUGGACUGUCUUCGAUGACCGCGAGCGCUUUGAUAGCGCUGAUGUAGCGAUAAUCCGUGCUCACUUUUGCGAUUGGGCAGAGCUGGUGGUGCAAACUGAGCAACAGUCUGACGAGGCUGGCAAUGCUCCUACUUCCAUGGGCCGCUCGCCGCGCUACAGGUAUUGUAUACAAGUAGAUGCCGAUGCGCUCAAGUCCGCCGUGCACGAAGCCCCUGCGCCGCCUGGUUUUGAUGAGGACAGACUCGGCUGGGUGAAAGUCAUCAACAAGAACUGGGUCCCAAGGAGCGACGAUCGACCAGAUCCCAACGAGUAUGAGCCGAUUGAUGGUAUCACAGAAAAACACCUUGUCUGGGUCAAGUGCNCCUUUCCAUCCGUGAUGACCGAGUACUAUAUGCUGUUUCGGGAUCUCAUCGGAUACAUGGUUGCGUAUCGACGACCACCGGCCGUGAUCGGUUGGCCUUGGAAAUGA